AAACUGAUGGAGCUGGACACCAGGACCGUUGUACAACAACAAAGGCCACACAGUCGUUAUUUUCCAGUGAGAAAACUUCAAUAAUUGGGAAUAAAGUACAGAUAACCAUAUACUAUGACAGUGGAGUGAAGACAGCACUAGUAACCAAUGCAGCAUACAUUAAAAUGUGCAAAGCCAUUUUUACAAAUGAAAAUGUAGAAAAGAAACUGCUAACUAUUUUGAAGUCAACUUGCCCAGAAGAUGUUGUUUCAUGUGCUGCAAGUAUUAUACAGUCAGAGUGUGCUAGCAUCUGUAAAAGGAAGUCUGCCUUUGUGCUGAAUGAUAAGUCCUAUAAUGGAAUAAUGCAGUUUUCUUGGGAUACCUUACACCAGCAGUUGUUACUUGGUGCUCCAAAUACUCUCCAGAUUGUGUCAUCCAUGGCUUCAAAUGACAUUCCGAUGUCUGUUCCGAGUAAAGAAUUUCACCAUGUCUUAUUUGCUAUUGGCAUUGCAUUACAUGCAAGAAAUAGAGAAAUGACAACCCUUCAGUAUUUGAAUGGAAUGGUGUUACUUCAUGGCGGAUGUACACAGAGGGUAUGUGAUAUUUACUAUUAAAUUUCAAU